AUGGGUCCACCACCGUUCAUGGGCGGCGGCAUGAGCCCCUUCAGCAUGAGCCCCUUCGGAAUGAGUGGCAUGGGCGGCAUGGGCGGCGGACCAUUUGGUAUGGGCGGCAUGGGCGGAGGUAUGGGCAUGAUGGGUGGACCCCAUGGCCGCCCGCAUGGCGGCGGCGCGUUUGGCGGUGGCUUUGGUGGCGGUCACCACAGCCACGAGGGAGGAUUCGGUGGCGGUGGAUUCGGUGGCCCAGGUGGCGGUUUGGGAGGCCACGGCGGACACCUCGGCGUGGGACACCAUGGCGGGCGCUGGUAG